AUGGAUAACAAAACACGAUUAAGAGUUCAAAACAAGAAGCCAAUCAAGCGCAGCGGAAAGAAGCCGUUGGUAAAAAAGAUUUUGGAUUAUCUUAAAUCUGAUACUUUUUUGUAUGCUCCUCUUAUCUCUCCUCAACCAUGUGGUUUUCCAUCAUCCAAUUCCUUCAAAGUGGUGGAGCUGAAAAAGCCUAUAAAAAAGAGGCACUGGUUAAAGGAGUAUGUAAAAUCUCACGGUUAUAUGUAUGAUACUGUUCUUGAGCUUCCACUUUCACCACAAGAACCUCUGCCGAACGGUGAAGUGAUUAGGAGGGAUGUUUCAGCUGGAAGUUCACCAAUGAAUGUCAACAAACAACAAGAUAAUGCCUUAGGAAAUGUGAACCAAAGGUCUAAAAACUAUCUUUCUCCAACCCGACUACCUGAUCGACCAACUCGGGGACAAAAUGAAACUGUGAAACACACAGUGUACCAAACAUGUCGCACAACUUCAGCUUCAGGAAAUGCGACUCUCAACUCACAGCUGAGAGCUCAUACUUGA